UUUUUACACUUUGGCAGUCUCAACGAGCGUUUACUAUCAUUCUACCUUACAAGUCUUGAGAGUUCAGCCACUGCAUUCGACGGAGCCCAUGGCGGAGGCCACCCACUCACUCGUCCUCAUGGUGCUUCCCGCCACCACUUUCUCUUUCCGUCGCCGGAAUCCUCGUUUUCUCGCAUCCCUCCAUCUUCCCUCCUCCGUUAAACCACUGACUUUUCGCUCCGCUGCUUGCGUCGCUCGCCAUCGAAAACUCUCACUCGUUAGAGCCUGUGACCGAUCCCAACGGAUGGGUGGUAAUGGAAGCAAAGAGACAAAGGGAUUUAGUUGGGCGCAACCCGUUUUGAGAUUUGCUGGGAGCAACGUUUUACCUUUGGCUCUGGUUACUUCAGUGGCGUUAGGAUUAGCAUAUCCUAGUCUUGGUUGUGCUGUGGAUAAAUAUAAUGUGUCAAAACUUGGUCCUUUUGGAAUUUUUGUUAUCUCAGGGUUGAUGUUGCGUAGUGAAGAAAUCGGUGCAGCUAUAGAAGCAUGGCCUGUUGGACUCUUUGGGCUAGUAUCUAUUUUAUUUUUUACACCAUACUUUUCCAAGGUAAUAUUGCAAUUUCAGCUCCAACCCCAAGAAUUUAUUACAGGGCUGGCUAUAUUUAGCUGUAUGCCAACUACGUUAUCAAGUGGUGUUGCACUUACCCAGCUUGCUGGGGGAAAUUCAGCGCUAGCUCUUGCUAUGACUGUAGUAUCGAACUUGUUAGGGAUAUUCAUUGUUCCACUUUCCAUCACAAAAUUUAUAGCUGAUGGAGUUGGAGUGACUUUACCUACCAAGCAGAUAUUUAAAAGUCUUGUCCAGACAAUACUAAUCCCCCUUAUUUUGGGAAAGGUUCUACGUGAAUCUUUUAAAGGUGUCGCUGACUUUGUUGACAGAAACCGUAAGCUUUUCUCAUGGAUCAGUGCACUACUCCUUAGCCUAGUACCUUGGACACAAGUGAGCAAGUCAAGGUCCCUGCUGUUAAUGGUGAAGCCCACAGUUUUUCUUGUAGCUAUUGGACUGGGAACACUUCUUCAUCUGACUUUAUUAGCAUUCAAUAGCAUUGCUGUCCGGAGCCUUUCAGUUAUCACUGGUGGUAGAAAAUCAAUUUUUUCCCGUGAUGAAAAUGCCAAUGCACUUAUACUUGUUGCAAGCCAGAAAACAUUACCUGUAAUGGUAGCUGUGAUACAGCCACUUCAUGGUGCAUUUGGAGAAUCUGGUUUACUGGUUCUUCCUUGUGUUGCAGCACAUCUAAUCCAGAUUAUUGUGGACUCUAUUCUCGUUAACUUCAUGCGUCCCAAAGAUGAUACCAAUAAUGCCAAGGCGGCUUAAGUGGAGGAAAUGCUGGUCAUCAUCCAUGGUUGUCUGUGGAUCCAUGUGUUGGCAUAUUGUGAAGCAUAACAAGCUGCAUUAUUGGAAAUGUUGAGACAAAGGAUGUUUAAAAUCUGCUUGGAGUUUCAUUUCUCCCUUAUGAGUUGCUGAAAUAUACCGAAAUAUAUUAUGGUAAGAGUACAUUGUUCAGUUUAGCAGUUUGCCCCAGCAUGCAGUUUCAGAUCUUUACUUGUUGUAUGGUGACUAUGGUUAUAUUUUGUUGUGUGUGUGUGUUGGUGGUGAGGGGGAGACCGGUUGUGAAAUUUGUUAUUUAUAUUCUAUUAUACGUUCAUAUUCUUUCUUUAGAUUAAGUAGUUCUAUUUGUGCAAUGGAAAUGAUAGGCAUUUCAUAUUCACUUAUGGAGGAUCUCUUUACCUCGCUGUGCUAACACCCUGGCAUGAAAGUAUGCAGUUCCUCUUGUGGUUGGAGCAAGUUGGUUGUUGACAUAUUUUGACUUUUGAUGUUCCGCGGCUAUAGAGUGUGAUGCAGUGGAUUCUACUGUUGUUUGUAUUCAGGGGUGUCCUUAUUUUAUUCUCAGCUGUCUUUGUGUAUCUGUGUGUGAAUUAUGGAUUAUGAAUGGCACUAGCAAGUCCAGUCUUAGCAAUUACUUUUGCGCAUUUAAGGGUGUUUUGUGUAAAUAAAGUUGGGACCUUAACGUUCCCUUAGAGUAAAAAAUGUUCUUAUUU